AUGGCGCCCGCUCCGCGCCGGGACCUGCUCACCAAGGAACAUUUCGCCUUUGUUUUCGGCGGCGUCAAGACACAGCAAUACCAUGAUCCCAUUUCGAAAGGCCCAGGGUCGCAUACUCUCCGGACGUUGGCAUGGAAUCCCGCCGGCCAGCUGAUUGCGACUGGCUCCGCUGAUAAGACGCUGCGCAUUUGGAACCCCGAGCGUCCUUUUGUACAAAACUCAACUGAGCUUCGCGGCCACUCUGCUGCUAUCGAAAAGGUCCUUUUCAAUCCUGUUCGGGAUGCAGAGCUGGCUAGUUGCUCCGCAGAUGGCACCGUACGCUUCUGGGACGUUCGCUCCAAGACAUGUGUCGGCCGUCUAGAUGUCGGCGGAGAGGCAUUUACUCUCUCCUGGUCAGCUGAUGGAAGCACAAUGAUUGUCGGAAGAAAGGACGAUACCCUAGUCCCCGUAUCUGUUCAAUCGCCAUCUUCGCCGCAUAUCAUUACUCAUGGAACAGGCGCCUUCAAUGGCUCUUCGGGCUCAUCUACAUACAGCGCUCUGCCCUCACAUCCCCAAACGGUGCAGACCAACGAGACGACAUUUUCAAAUAACAUACCCUCCCCCGAAUACCCAGAUCUCCACUUAUUUCUCACAACCGGUGAAGGUCGUGUAAAGAUCGUCUCAUAUCCUUCCUUCGAAACAAUCCACACCCUUAACGCUCACACCUCCGCAUGUAUCUCUACCGCUCUAGCGCCGACAGGCCGCUAUCUGGCAGUGGGCGGCAGUGACGCUUUGAUCUCGCUCUGGGAUACAACUGAUUGGAUAUGCCGCCGAACUUUGUCCAGUGAGAAUGGUGGUGCCGUCCGUGGCUUGAGCUGGAGCUUCGACGGGCGGUUUAUCUGUGGCGCUUCAGAUGUGGAGCUAGGCGCGACCCCCGGUGGCCUAGAGAUUUUCCAUGCGGAGACUGGGGAAAGCGUGUACACUAUCCCAACUACCGGGGCUCGGGCUGGUACUCCUGCCGUAGCUUGGCACCCGUCAAGGUAUUGGCUCGCUUACUCAACUAGCAAUGAUGGCUCGAGCAGUGGAGGCGCUGGAGGACUGAAGAUUGUUGGUGCGGCUGGCGGUGGACUCUGA